AUGGCCGCAUCCAACAUCCUCCUCUUCGGCGGCUCCGGCAAAGUCGCCCGCCACAUCACCCGCCAGCUCGCCUCCGCAGGCUACACAGUGCACUCCAUCAUCCGUAAAGCAGAGCAGAGCGCCUCCAUCGAGGCCCUAGGCGGCAAACCGGUGGUGCAAAGCAUCGAGGACUCCAGCGUAGACGACAUGGCCAAGCUGAUGAAAGCCUCCAACACUCAAGCCGUGAUUUGGAGCGCCGGCGCCGGCGCGGGGAACCCGGAUCGCACGCGCGCGGUGGAUCGCGAUGGCGCCAUUCGCUCCAUGGAUGCCGCGGCCAAGGCGGGCGUGAAGCGGUAUAUCAUGGUCUCCGCGAUCGAUGUCCGCGACAGGGAAGCCAGGCCUGUACCGGAGUGGUACGACGACUCGGACAAGGAGCGCUCCGACCGCGUGUGGAAGGCAAUCGGGCCCUACAUGGACGCCAAGCUCGCGGCGGACCGGAGUCUCGUGGCGGAGAACGGGCGACGGGGGUUAGAAUGGACGAUUGUGCGGCCUACGACGCUGAGCGAGGAUGCGGGCGUGGGCAAGAUCGAGGCGGGCAAGGUGCGGACUACGGAGAAGAUUUCGCGCGAGGAUGUGGCGGCUGUGGUGGCGGAGUGUCUGAAGCGGGAUGGGACGAAGGGCAUGGCGAUUGAUUGUGUGGGCGGUUCGACGCCGAUUGCGGACGCGAUCGCGCGGGCGGUGGAGGAGAAGGCGGAUGCAUUUGAGGGGAGGUAUUGA